GCCGCCCCCUUCCCCGUGGCCCCUCCCCGCGCAGGUCCCGACUCCCGCCGCACCUCCUCCGGCUCUGCAGUGGCGGCGGGGAGGCGAGUCGGAGAGCCAGCGGGGCCAGGGCCGGAGCCGAGCCGGGGUCGGGGCAGCAGCGGGGACCCUCGGAGGCGGGGCCAGUGGGACUGCGAUGGGCGUGGAAAUCGAGACCAUCUCCCCGGGAGACGGAAGGACAUUCCCCAAGAAGGGACAGACGUGUGUGGUGCACUACACAGGAAUGCUCCAAAAUGGGAAGAAAUUUGAUUCAUCCAGAGACAGAAACAAACCUUUCAAGUUCAGAAUUGGCAAACAGGAAGUCAUCAAGGGUUUUGAAGAGGGUGCAGCCCAGCCCUGUCUGGCUCGGGAGAAGGGCUCGGCUUUGGCAGAGACCAGAGGGAGGGCGUGUGCUUAUGGCUGGGAUUAUCUGCCUGCCAGAGGAGAAUGCUGGAAGGUCACUGGGAGUGGAAGCUGGACCUUGCUCAUGGAUUCGGAGCUGCUGCUCGUCUCAAGUCACGAUCUCACUGUUCGUGAGUUUGAGCCCCACAUCACGCUCUGUGCUGACAGCGUGCAGCCUGCUUGGGAUUGUCUCCCUCUCUCUUUGCCCCUCCUCCCCUUGCUCUCUCUCAAAAAAAUAAAUACAAAUUUACCAAAUAUAUACUGUGUUCUUUCUGUAUGACAGGCACUGGAAAUAUAAUAGUGAAAAAGACAAGCAUCAUCCCUCCCUUCAAGGACCUUUAUUCAAGUGGGAGAAAGAUAAAGAAAUAAUUACAGACAAGAAAUCUUAUUAAGGAAGCAGACGGAGAUGAAUGGGAGGACAGGGGAUUAAAGCUAGGGUGGUCAGGGUAAACCUCUCUGAGAAGGUGACGAUGAGGCUGAGACCUGAAGAAUGAGGAGCCAGACAGGAGAUGAGCCAGGUGACAAUCAUUCCAGAUGGAGGGAGCAGAGUACAAAGGCCCUGAGCUACUGUGCAGCCUUCUACACAUGCCACUGCUUAAUUAUCUGUCCUUUUACCUUGGCUUUCUGAAACUCUCUCUAAUCUCACUGUGGACCGUCAAUCCAUUUUGUAACACUUUCAAAGUCAAGUACAACCACUUUCUAUAUUAUUCAUUUACUUAGAUAACUGGGGUGUUUAACAUGAAUCAGGCACAACAGCUGUCAACACAAAAUGAAAAGAAUAUAUGAUACCUGCCCUAGGAGCUCACAGGCUGGCAGGAGAGACCAGGAAAUACACAGACAACAACAAAAUCACCUGUUAGGAGAUGUUCACAGAAGGUGCUGUGGGAGCAUAGACAGGGGUGGCUAACACACACAAGAAGGAAAUACUCCAUGACAAAGUGCUUUCACAGGAAUGAUCUAAUUUGAUCCUUACUAGAAUUCCUUUAAGCACACAGGUUAGGAAGAUUGUGUUUCAUAAGUAAUUGAAGCUCAGAGGGGUUAAAUAUUUUGCCCAGUUAUAUGCAACUAGCAAAUGUCCAGUUAGUAUCUGAACUUAGGUCUUACAACCAAUUCAGUAAAUUUAUCCUACUGCCUCCAUGUUAAAAACUGAAAGGCACUAGAUUACCUUACAUGUGAGGGUAAGAAAACCAAAAAGUGGGACACCUUGUCCAGGGUCACAGGGCCUGAAGCAGAAUCUUCUUUCCUGACCUCCAAGUCAGGGGAUCUUCUGUAUGACAUUCUUGUAUGUCUAGGACAGGGUUUCUUAACCUAGGUUUCAUGUACCCCCUGAAAUCAUAUGCAAAAUUUUGUAUUCUUCUGUAGAAAGGGUCCAAAGCUUUCACCAAAUAUCCAGAGGACUGAGACUUCCUAAAGAGAAUGGCUAGUCUAUAACACUUCAUUUCAAUCCCUACUUGAGUACCAAUGAUGAUGUAUUGCUAGCACUUGGUUUACUUUCUGGAGGGACAGUGAUCAUUUCAAAGGACAGUCCUCAAGAUCUCAAAGAGUUCUUAAAAAAAAAAAAAAAAAAAAAGAAAGGAAAGAAAAAAAUCUCACAGAAUGUUAAAAGCCAAGAAGAAGCUCUCAGGUCAUUAAGGAAAAUUUAUUAAGAAAGAGAUAGUCAGGGGUGCCUGGCUGGCUCAGUCGGGGGGGAGCAUGAGACUCUUGAUAAAAGGAUCAUGCUGAGUGUACAGAUUACUAAAAAAUAAAGAAAUAAACUUAAGGAAAAAAACAAAAAGAAAGCCUUCCAAAUGGACUCUUAGGUAAGUAGAAUGUCAGUGGCUAUGAAUCUGAGUAGUGUCAAUAUUCAGUUUAGAAUCAGAAGUUUUAUCACUAAAUAGCUGUGUGAAUCUAGAAAGGUACUUGUACUCUGUGGGCCUCAAAAUAGUCUCACCUGUGAAACAGUAUCAACUCCACACAGGGCUGUAGUACUGGUCAUGGAAAUAAAAGCACCAGUUACAAUAAAUGGCAUUUUGUAGAUGUUCAAUAAAUACCAUUUGAAGAUAUGAACACCAAUUUUUAGAUUAAAACACGAAUUCGUGUUGCAAUUAUUCUCCCCUCUUUUAAAUCUUCAACAGAAAAAAAAUAAAUUUCAACAGAAAGCUAUAGCUGAAAAAGAAAAAAGAGAGCUGUAGUUGAAAAAAAAAUCAUUUUUUUCAGUUACUUGUUAGUUUAUUCAGAAAUUCUGAGUAAAGGAGACACCAAAGCAAAUUAGAGUUAAUGGACAUAAAAAAACAGAGUAUUGUAUCUGACUUUACAAAUAAUAGUUACGCUAUUAUGUUAGUUCUUUCUUUUCCCACCCAUUCCCCUGAAACCAUUCAUCACUGCUUCAAGCCUUCUCUAAUUUCACUACUAUCCUUGGCUCUCACUGAGCUGGAUCAGGAGGGUCUCAUGUUUUUCCAUACAAAAUGAAUAAAUAAAUAAAUCUCAUUUCUCAGAUUCCAAUCUAUUUAGUCUCUAGGCUCUUGGUUAGACCCUGUUGUCAGCUAUAAUUGAGAUUAUACAAUCGUUUUCCUGAAAUGACAUUUCAAAAGUCUCAGUAAGACUCACACUCGAAUUUGACGAAUAGGUCCAUAUUUUCCAAAUAUAUCAUACAUUUCUUCAGCUGUGAUUUUGUACGGCAAAUUUCUUAUGUAUAAAAUCCGAUUUACUUCAGGUGGAAGUCGAAUCUAAAAUGAGAAAUAUGUACUAUUAUUGUAAUCAGGGGCAGGAGCGCUACCACCUAAAAUAAACUUCUCAUAAUUAUAAAUUCUCACAGUAAAACAAAAAC